CAAUACGUAAGACAUUAGCGGUUGCUGUUGUUUGUUUUGUUUUUUCCUUUGGGUGCUGUGGUGCUGAGUCCUGUAGCUUGUUAGUAAAUCCCCAUCUUCUCUAGUCUCAGUAUAACUAAAUAAUUGCCUCUUUAAAAUUCCCUCUUCUCUGUUUCCCUGCUAGUCUACACAGACACUUGGGAUUUCAGGUGCUGAUACUAUUAGCUUUAACUUCCUACCCAUAAAGAGUCUACUGAGGUUUUUGAGCUGCUUUGAUUCACAAUAGCGUUUUGCUGCUUUUCAGCCUAUAGCUACCUUACUUUUGUUAAUAUCCUGUGGAAUGUCACGCCUUAUUCAUGCUUUGAAGCAUUUGUCGUAAUUGACAAUUUGUUUUGCAGAAUUCUUUUGGUAAAACACAAAUUGGUUCUUCAAAAAUAUACUUAUUCCUGCUUAACUGCUUUAGUUUCAUAUUCUUUAGUCAGUUUAGGGUAGGUACUGAAAUGCAGCUUAUGCUGUUCCCUCCUUUUUCACUAAGCAAUAUCUAGUAUCAAGAUGGUUUAAUUUCUGAUAUUUAUUGGCAUCCGAAAGGAACCACAUCUUUGGAGGUGGGUGAUGACACGUACUUGGAAAACAAGGUAACGUAGGACAAUACUGUUCUAUAAUAAUAAUUCUGUUAGAGUAACAAAUCAGUGUCAGUUUUGCCUGUCAUUUCCUCAGCUGUCUCUCUCCCUUCUCCGUGUUGCUGAGCUCUCUUGAGUGUAUGUCUUUGAUAAAAAUCUUUUUAUAUUCCUUUUUUCUUUCGAAGAUUUUAACAGCUACACUUGGAGUCAUAGGAUCUCUGUAAAUUAGUGCCUUCCAACCAGAGAUGCGUUUGCCUUUGUGCUCUUUGUAGCCGCUGCCAGGCGUUGCAGAUGUAAUCGCAGAGGCGGUGCGCUGGUUCCGAAGCACGUGGCACAGGUGGGACGGACAGAGCGCUGCAGCUCUGCUCCCCACACGGGCUGGCCAGUUUCUGCACAGCUUUUCCAGCGGUUUGGGUUGGAGAAGAGGAGGAAAGGCCAUUAUGUUUUUCCUAGAUGAUUUUUGUCAAAGAAAAAACUGGAGUUAGCAGUUCUAGAAGUAAAAUUUGUGUUCAGCUCGUAAGAGCUUAAAUUCUGCACUUUUUGAAAAGCCGUUAAUAAAAAUAUGAAUCAAAAUAAUAAAACCUAUAGGGGUCCUAGAAAAUCUCAAAUUAGGAAGGGAAUAUGAAGCUCGUAGUUACUUCAUUAAGUCGUUCAAAUGAUACAAUACAGUUUUGGAAAAAUCGAUUAAUUAGUUUGAAGACAUUUUCAUGGUGUUGAUGGGUGAUAACAGAUCAGGUCGAUGUGAACAGCAGCAGUUUGUUUCAGAUUUGGUAGGCAGGCUGUGGACACUGCUUGAAUGCUUGCUUGAAUAAGCAGCCGAUGUCCCAUUUAUUUCCAUUCUUUAGGAGUGCCUUUGAGAGAGCUGGGGUUUGGAGCACGAACACCUUGUGCAUGUUUACAGAAUCCCAGAAUGUCAGGGGUUGGAAGGGUCCUUGAAAGCUCAUCCAGUGCAAUCCCCCCAUGGAGCAGGAACACCCAGAUGAGGUUACACAGGAAGGUGUCCAGGCGGGUUGGAAUGUCUGCACAGAAGGAGACUCCACAACCCCCUGGGCAGCCUGGGCCAGGCUCUGCCACCCUCACCGGGAACAAGUUUCUUCUCAUAUUUAAGUGGAACCUCCUGUGUUCCAGUUUGCACCCGUUACCCCUUGUCCUGUCACUGGUUGUCACUGAGAAGAGCCUGGCUCCAUCCUCCUGACACUCACCCUUUAUAUAUCUGUAAACAUUAAUUUAGCCCUACUCUAGACUGCUCAUUCAAUACAUUUGGCCUUAACUGCGGCUUUUUCCCGUGAACCUUUAAUCAGAAUUGGCUGUGAGCUCCGUCGCCGGGCGGUGCUGCCCGCAGUUCAGUGUUUUGUGUGGUCGGUGCGGUGAACCGGUUGGGUUGGCCGGGGCUGUGCUCCUACCGUGGGGCUCGUGCUCGGCCCCUGGCCUGUGCUCGGCCCCGCGUCGGUCCUGCCUGGCAGCCAGACCCCGCUCAGCCCGGCUGCCGCUGCUCCGGCAGGAGCGGUUAAACCACAGCUCCUGAGUGACGUACGUGCGGAGCUCUUAUUAACACUCUCUUUUCACCCGUCUAUAUUCUGUUUUCUUCUUUUUAGGCUACUGAACCCCACCAAAAGCAAGAAAGCAAACCACAUCCACUUGUUUUUCGUAUCAUGCACAAAAGCAUUUAAAGAUUUGGCAUAUCUUAUAUUUAGCCUGCUCUUUAUAUUCAUCUUAAAAUACUGAGCUGUCUUUUACCCAACUGUUUUUACGUACCAACUGACAAAACCUGUCUUUUCAUUAUUUCUGUUGCUGCCUUACAAUCUUUUGCAUCUUGAAAAGCAGCUUUAUAGGGCUUUUUUUCAAACUGAAGUGUUCCAUUGCAGCCAGGAAUUGAAGUGCUCUCCGAAACCCGACGUGGAUCGGGGAAGUGGCUUUGUCAGUGCAAACACCCUCUUGUCAUUUCCAUCCUGUUGGAGGUACUGAUGGUGUUACAGUCUAGGGGCAUGUUGUGUAAAUGCUCAUAGCUGGAGCAGCCCGCAGAUUUGUAUUAUCAGUAGUUUUCCUUGUUUAGGAACUAUUCUUUUUUCUUUCUCAUAUCAAUAGAUUAUACUUGGUGAAGGCAGCUUGCUUGAAGUGCCAUGAAGCUAAAAGGAACAGAUGUUCUAUUUAAAGUUGCUUUCGUUACAGAUUCUUUUUUUUUUUUAACCUUGCAACCUGCUUAUUUCAGAAUGACUUUUAACUCGCAUAGUUCUCUAGCUCACCUGGCUUGGAUUUGUAGAUCUGAUAGCAAGAAGUGGUGCCCUGUAGAACAGAGAGGCUGCACUUCUCCUGGGAUUUGUGUUGAGUUAACCAAAGAGAGCAGGUUGCUUAUGUUUGCUGUGGCAUGGUACUGAUUUGUCACAGGUUGUGACAGAUCCACAGAUUCUGUGGAUUUUAGAUGCAUUAUGUGAUUUAAAAGCAUCAUCUCUUCAUGUGUGCUGUUCCUUUAGUUAACAGUAUUAGAUUUAGGUCACUUGAUCCAUUAUUAAAGUUCAAAAGACAUGUCUUUUAGACUGUUAUUAAAUCCCUACCCACAAGAAAAGUAAGAGUUAUUUAUUUACUUUAAUUUGAUUUGCUGUUCAUCUCUUAUUCAUUUACCAGUAAUGAAGGACGUGUGGAGUGGUCCUUAGAACAGACCACACCACUCAAGGAUGUAUAAUCAAAACCCUGGUAACUUGGCAGGAAGGCUCUUGCGGGCGGAUAACAACUCCCGUUCUACAGAACACAGCUGUUCUAGAGAAUGCAGCUGAAUGCUCAGAUCACGGCGCCACUCCAGUUCACACCAGUGUAACGUGGCUCUGACCAGUUGACGUGUUGGGGCCCGGCUGGCAGCUCGGCCGUGACGUGGCUCCUCAGGCUCUGCCUUCUGCACCGUGUCAGGCGGGAGGUGCCCAGCCCCUCUCUGAAGGGUGGUUAAUAAUUAUUCCUACACUGGCUUGUCACCAAGCUGCUGCUGGCCCUGCCAGCCCUGUAGCCUUGGGCCAGACACCACCUGAGUCCACCAGAAAGAACACCCGGAAAGUGACCUUCACUGGCCAGUUCAUUUUGAACUGGUCAGUGAGGUCAGUCUGAGCUGGGCAAAUGCAGUUGGGCCUCACCUGCCUGGGGAGUAAGAAUUCAUAUUUUUAUCAGAAAAAUGUUACAGAGAAAUAAACCAGCUUGGUUUAGGCCAAGACUUUCACACCAUUGUAUUUUAGGAAUAAAGACAGAUUGAAUGCAUCGGCAUUAGGUACAUCUCUGAUCCCUGUAGGACUUGCUGGGGAGAGGAGUGGGGACGUUUCUACUGCUAACAUCUUACCUGAGACGUCUUUUUCAAAAAACUCAGAAGAUUUGAAGUAGUCCUCACUCAUUCCUACUUAAUAUCUGAAGAAGUUCUGAAAUGAGGACUGAGCCACAAAGAUGAUGGAGUGCAGCAUCUCCCUUAUGAGGAAAGUAUGAGGGAGCUGGGGCUCUGGAGCUUGGAGAAGAGGAGACUGAGGGGUGACCUCAUUAAUGUUUACAGAUAUAUCAAGGGUGAGUGUCAGAAGGAUGCUCUUCUCAGUGACAAUCAGUGAUAGGACAAGGGGUAAUGGGUUCAAACUGGAACACAAGAGGUUCCACUUAAAUUUGAGAAGAAACUUGUUCCCAGUGAGGGUGGCAGAGCCUGGCCCAGGCUGCCCAGGGAGGUUGUGGAGUCUCCUUCUGUGCAGACAUUCAAACCCACCUGGACACAUUCCUGUGUAACCUCAUCUGGGUGUUCCUGCUCCAUGGGGGGAUUGCACUGGGUGAGCUUUCCAGGGCCCUUCCAAUCCCUGACAUUCUGGGAUUCUGUGAAAAUAUCUCUGCUUUUAUUCUCCACUCAGUGUGAGUUUUGAAGGCAUCUCUUGCUCCACCCUCUGUGUAACUGGUCACUCUGUUAGUGUCUCCAUCCUCCGUGCUGCUGUGGGUAAUGGGACAUGGGCAGAAGCGCUUGUCCUGGGGCCCUGCAGUGGCAGGCGGGUACCGAGAACCUCUGUCACCUGCGUGCAUUGAACAGGGUGAUUAUUUUCUGAAUUUCAGAGUGGUGAUUCUUUUGUGCAAUGAUAGGCUUUUCCAGCACCAUUUUAAGGUACAGAGGAGGGUGCAUUAUCCAGGAAUUUGGACUGAAUGAUUUGGAGAACUGAGUUUUGCCUUUUAAGGCAGAUGUGAAUCAUUGAGUAAACUGAUGUUUGUGGUGUAGCUUGUUACAAAGAAUUCUGCUUUCAAAGGACGAUGCUAGCAAUUAUGCAAAGUAGAGCUCAAGGUAAUAAUACCAUGCAGCUCAAAUCAGUAUGAUAGUUUUGAAGUGAUGCCUUGUAGCUUUUGCAAAAGUCAAAUUAAAGUAUUAAUCCUGUUGUCAUUCUAGUACCAUAGCAUUUAGGGUGAGACUUCCCAGACUUUGUAUGAGAAUCAGAUCCAGAGAGAUAAUUUGUGGUAAUUUAUUCAUUGAUUUUUGGCCUCUUUGAUUCGUUCAAACAUUGGGUGAUUUUUCAGUAACUUCUAUUUCUGGUGCUACUACCCCGUGCUGAGCUUCAGGUUGUUUUUCUGCCACCUUUCCGAAAUACAGAGAGCUUUUCUCGUUAUCUUUGGUCCCUGGUGUCUUUCUUUUCAUAUACUGUUUGGAGACCCAAAGCUUUUUAAUGCUGUUCAGGAUAGCUCUUGAUGUCUAACACACGACCGAGUGAAGAUAACCUCCAUAUUAACAGACAACUUGAGACUGACUGUGACAAGCCUUAGUCUCCAACCAGUCGGAAGAAAAUCUGCACAGAUAUUUGUUUCUGACAACCAAAAUGUUGUUAAAGCAACGAAAUGUUUGUUACAACAUCCAACCUGAUGAUAAUUUUUAGUGAACGUUCCAACAUUGGUUGGUAGGGAUCUGUGGAGAUUAUCUAGUCCAGCAUCUCUCUGAAUGUUUAAGUCAGUUGAAGUUGGCCUAAACAGAGCAGCUAUUUCAGAGCUGAGCCUUAAACCCUGGAAGAUCAUCUUUAAUCCACUUAAACCAGGAUCAAGCAAUUUUCGUAUUCAGCUGACUCUCAGCAGGCAUUUCUAGAAUUAUGAGGCAAGUAUAUUUUACUGUACAUUGCAUUAAUAUAUCACUGCUUGAGGGAGUAUUUAAUAUUCCCUGUAUGCCUGUUUAGUGGCUCGAUCUGCGUGAGCAGAGACUUGUCUGCUGGAUAGGUGCUGGUGAGCAGAGGAGCAGUGUCCCCACUCCCACAGGCUUUCCUGCUGGCUGCCGAGCUCGGGAAGACUUUGUGUGCAAAGUGACCCUUUUUCUUUCAGAUAUUUGCAGCUAACUCUGGUGCUCGUGUGAGCUCCAAGCGCAGCACCGUAGGCGAAUCUGGAUGCGUCUUUGGGCUAGAACUGAUCUGAUCCCCUGAGGUGGAUGUCACUGCCACAGGUCACAGCUGUCUGUCUGGCUGUCUGUCUGCUGCCUGGGCUGUGCUCUUGGUUUUGUAGUUCUGGGGUUUCCCCCCUUUCUUUUCCUUCAUUUUCCCAUAUCGCUUUGCACCUACAGAUCUUCACAAACUAAUUCUCUACAAGAACCUACAAAUAAGCACAACCGUUCUUGUUGCUUUACAGCAACAACAAAAAAAUUUAAAAAUAUCCUUUUUUCUGAUGAAAGAAGGUUAUGGUAAGCCACUUCAGGGUGAAGAUAAAAUUGGUUAACAAGACUCUUCUUAGAGGAGAAUAACGAUGAAGAAAAUAACCUUCGCAAAGAGGAUACUUCAGGGUUUGUGUUGCAAGAGCAAGGCUGAGGCUUCUCUGCUGUGUUUUACAGGCGUGUGUGGAAUUCAUCCGUCCCCGCAGCCCUGGGAGCUGUGGGGUCUGGUGGGCACGGGUGGAGCCCUGGUGGGUCCCUGUGGGGUCCAGUGGACGCGUGUGGGGUCCAGCGGGCGCGGGCUGCAUCUCCGCAGUGCACACACCAGGGGCUUCCACCUUUUGGCAGUUACAGGAUUACCUCUGUGCUGCUGAGCAAAAUCGCAAGUGCCUUUGGAGCUGAAAGGAAUUAAUUGCUAGAUUAAAAAGGGCUGAGUUCUCUGUCUUAGGAAAAUACUAAUAUGUUAGGAAAAUAUUAAAUUGCAGGAGCCUCUAAUAGAAAUAAAGAAGCUGGCAUAGUAGAAAGGUGGGAGAGGUUUGCGUGGUUUUAGUGGCUGUGAAAUUUGAGCACAGAUUGUACUUUUCGGUACUGUCAGGAUGUGAUUUACAGAUGUUCUGGUUCAGAUGUGUGCUGGAAAAUACGUUUUAAGUGCUGGAGCAUCGUUGUGGAGAAGACUGCUCUAUUUCCUGCAGGAGAAGGAUCAGGUAAGGGAUGUUCAGCUCCUGGGGAGAGGACUUCAUCCUUCUUGGCUUUGGCCAGAAAUUUAGGGAAGAAGGUACUUUUGUUCAUGCUUAAGUGAAACAUAAAUGUAGCUAAGUUUAUUCUAGGACCCAAAAUAGCCCAGAAGCUAAGUCAUAGUGCAUUAUCCUGUGCAGAUACCUCCUGAUCUCCCCUUUUAGAUCCUUCAGUAGCCUGAUGGGCACCUGUGGUUCCACAGCGUAAAGUGAUCUGCUCCAGCAGCAUGGUCAUCCUUAAGACACUCAGACCGCGAGACAAAUUCCCCAUUCUCACCAUAAUGCCUUCUGGGGGACUAUCUGGUCUUGUUUCAGGUCCCUAUAACACAGUUAUGGAUCAGUGGGGUUUGAGUGCUGUCUGAGCUGAUGGUUCCAUUUCCAUCACAGGGACCAGUCUCCCUUCCUCAUUUCUCCUGUGGGGCCCUUUUCAAGAUAACAGAGCAGGAGGGCUUCACCAUAGCAGGGAGGUCUCUGCUGGGGGCUUUGGGAAGAGGUUCAUUCCAAAUCAUCAGGAAAAAGAAGGGGAUGUGCAUCAGCCUCUGUUGGGCUGUGUUUCUCUACUGGCCAGCCUCGCUGUGUCCUCUCAGUGUCCUUCCAGCUAGAAAGAAAAAUAAACUCCAAGGUCUGAGCAUGUUCAGUGGAAUUCGGGAUGGAAGUUCCACAGAAGCCAGUCGUCCAGUUUCCCGUAUUUUGCCUGAGUAUCGUUUAGGUCUCUCUUCUGGAUGGCUUUGUCACGACUGCAGUUCUUCAAGCUGAAAAACAGCUGUUAGGUUUUAGUUGGGGUUUUCGGGGGGUUGUUUUGCGUUGUUCUUUGUUCUGUUUCCCUGGCUGUGCAGUAGGGUGGGUGCCGCGUGGUGUCGUGGGGCAGCCUGGGUGCGACACUGGCAGCUCAACGCAGCAGCCGCUUGGAAACGCACCCCAGGAAAGCAUUAAAGCAGUGACUUGAGAAACCACAUGGCUACUGCCGUAUAUUAGAUGACAACAUAAGAUAUACAGGUAUAUGGUUUCAUUAAUAGCAGUUAACUUAAUCAGUUCUUUUCAGCCUUGGGUAUGGAGCCGGCAGCCUAUCCAAAGUGCGGUCCUUGACUUUCUUACUGCCGUACUUCAACCUUUCUUCUCCUAAAACUGGUAGUUUCUUAAUUUCUUAGACUUUUGCACAAUUAAUUUGUCAAAUGUGUUCUCAACAUAGUGAAAGAUUAAAAAAAAAGAACCAACCCAACCCACAAUUUUCAUUUAAACUUCAAAUAGUUUUAAAACAGAAUUUAUUUGACUUUGCCUUCAGCUCCUGAGCUGGUGUCAGCCUGAGGUAAUGCUGACUCCUGCACCAAUUAGGACUAAUCAGUGUCAUUUAAAAAGAAAUUUAAGAUCUAUCAAAUUUGAUAUGCUUUGCACUAAAUAAUGAAUGUUUCUAUCUCCACCCUCUCUCAGUGGUAGUCGAAGUCUCCUUGGUGCUGCAGAGGGAUUUGUUUUAAGCCAGGCUAAAACUCUCCUGGCUCUUCCAAUCAGCGAGGCCUUGUUACAAGCCAUAAAACGAAAUGUUGGAGGAAGGGGGAGCAAAACCCCUCUCCUUUCUUGAGGAAUGAUCAUAAAACCUUGAAUGAGUCAGUGUUCUUUGCCUGUGUUUUACACUUUGUGUAGCUGGCUCCGCCAGCCUGACGGAUGUUUUAUAGCAUCUCUGCUGUGCGUUGAGGCCACGGGGCUGGGCUGGCCCAGCACCCCUGAGCUGAGGGAACCAGGGCUGGGAGGUGACAGAGCAGGUCGCUGGGGAUGGACCAGCAGCAGCCGGUGAGCUGCAGCAGCACAGGAACGCGUGAAUCUUCAUCAGAGGGGAGGCUGUGCCCCAGGGAGCCUGGCUCUGCGUGGUCCUCAUGCUGCGAUGGGGGUCGAGGGUUUUCAAACUGCUCCUUAUUGCCCUCCUUGGAAGGGUGUGUGACAGCAGUAGUGCUUGAGGAAGGGCUUGUGUUGGAAGCUUUCUGUAUAGAUGAAUUCUCACCACCCUGUUACAUCAAAUUCAGCGAUGGAGAGGCUUCUGCUUCUCUGGCUUCAAGAGGCGCUGUGUGUUUAGCAGGGCAGGUUGUCACAGCGGGACCUCAGAGGCUCCGGGUGCAGCAGAGAUGGAGGUGCUGGAAGGAGGGGCGGGGGUUCAGGCUUCUCCUGAGAACAGUUUCACGGGCUGUCCGCUGGGAUCACAGGUCUGGUGCUGCCCUGUCUCACCCCCGGCAGGACAUUUCUGCAUGGGGACUGUGGAUGGGAACAUCGGGGGUCACAUGGGGAGAGGGUUGGGUGCUUGUUCAGCAGCUGAUGUCGGCUGCCUGGUUCCAGUCCCAAGUGGAACUUGAACAAAACCGGGAUCCUCUGUCGCUGCAGCUGCUGGACAGAAGGCUGAGCUGCGGGGAUGCCCAGCAGGUGUCUGACUUACAGGCAUCUUCUCCGGUGCCAGGAUGGUGUCUAAGCCAUUGGACAGAUAUGCUGGAAUCGUUAUAGUAUCUUGCAAUAUUGGUGAAGUCUGUGAUUCUCUGCAAGGCUGAUGGAAGCCACAUGGAACCUCUCACCUAAAUUGUCAUUUCCUAAUCAUGUCUUUCAGUGUCUCACAAAAGACCAUCUUCUACAGCUUUUGAAGGUUUACAUGCAAAUUAAAGUCAACCCUACUCGUGAACAAGUGCUGCUUAUGUAUGUCUGAACAACACAGCGUCUGGCAGCUCAGCAGAACACAGUUCUAAAUUUGGGGUUUAUUUCACAGCAUCCAGGCACAUCUGUACAAAAGCAGAGUCACGCAAUGGUACCGAGUGCUGCUGCAGCUUCUGCUCAUGGCUUCCCAGCUUCUGGGAGCCCACCCAGCCCUGGGGCAGUGAUGUGUGAUCUCAGGACAGAUGGACAAGGAGUGGGGGUGAGAGAAGAGGGACCAUAGCUGGGUCACCUGCAAAUACCUUGAUUCAUUUAGGAGACUUUGGACUCCUUCUUGCUGUUUUUCUGCAGCACAGCGGAGCCCUGUGUCUGACAUCCAUAAAUGAAGCGGGGGGAGCACUAUUCAUUGUACAGGGCAUCCACCUAAAAAAACAACAUGAAAUAAAGUGUGAUGUUGUGGGGUGAGCUGUGGGCCGGGCUGUGAGGUCACCGUGAGCUGGAGUCUCUUGUACUUGUGUUAUGGGAGACAGACCUGGAAAUGGAGGGAUGGGAACAAAACAAGAUACAGGUUGGGAAAAAAAAUACUGUAAGAGUGGGAAAAACACAGGAAAUUUGUUAAUACCAGUCAAGCUGGUUAUCCGGCAAGCAGGUGGACUUGCACAUAUCCCAGGAAAAGAAGCUUUUAAGGAAAAUGGACCUGCCAGCACAUGGAGAGAGAUGUGAUUAAGGAGGAAACUGCUGGUGCUGCUUUAUAAAACCUGGGCUUUGAAGGAAAUUGCUGUGUUGGGUGGAAAAACUGAAGUCACUAAAAUGGAAGAGAAGAGGAAGUCGCAGAGCUACACAGAAGGCAGAUAGUUCUGCAGAAACCUGAUGGCUGAUGCUGAGCCAGUGGGAACCCUGCUCAGCUGCAGGUGUGUAACCGACGGGUGCUGGUUGUCCCUGUCCCCCGAUCGCUGCGCGUCCUCGCUGUGCGUGCCCACCCUCGGCGUGGAGGUGGGUGUGAGACAUGUUGUGCUAAGAAACAGGCAAUGUGCUCUCACCCCAAGUUUACACCUCGUGACACUAUCUGCUCGGGGAGGAUGGAGAAAAGUGUUUUGCAUUGUUGUAAUGAAGAACAAAUUGUACAGGAUAGAAGGGACCAAUUUUAGCUUUUGGCUCAUGCAUGUCUACAAGAAGACUGGUUUCUACAGCCGUGGUAACUUCUUCCUUCAGCUGAAGCCCCACAUCAGACCCCACGAUGCCUCACAAUGCAAUGAAGGAUCCCAGGGCUCUUUCUCAAAGGAAAGGGUGACAAACUCCUCACGCUCCAGCUGCAAGAGGAACACAGGCAGGCAGUGGCAGCGAAGCGCCUUGCGGGGAUCAAAUCACUCCACGUGGGCAGAAGUGAGCUUUGCGUGCAAGUUUAAAUGGAAAGACAACCUUGAGGAAUGGCGGGUUUCCCCUCUUCAGAAUUUCCUGCAGUGUCUCUGGUGCUCCUGGUGUGGAUGACCUCUUCUUUAAUUAAUUUUUGUUGUAGACAGUAAUUUGUGGAUAAUUUUCCAGGUAAAACAAAGGUUGAACUUUUGAAGCAAAUGUACAUGACAUGACCUUUAUAUCUCUUACUCACUGUCAGGCUUCGCUGGGUGCUUUGCACCUUGACAUUCAGUGAAGCAAUAAAGAAAUGAAAUGUACUAAUGUAACCUUUAUAAAAACAGUUAAAAUGAUAGUUUAAUUUUUAAUCUCCCACUAUGAUGUUAAAAUAAGCUCAGUAAACUUUGGCAGUAAAUUGCAUUCAGAAGGAACUCAAUUUAAAUAACAUUAUGGUUAUGAUAGUCAGCAAAUUAUGUCCUAAACUGCUGCUCAAAAAAAAACCCCAAACCACAGCACUUUUAGGAAGGGGCUGUUGACCUUUCCAAUUUUUGGAUAAUUAUUGAGCCACUAUUCGAUUUUUGGUAGUUGAUCUGGAACCUUAGGUCCUUUCUCAUUGCAUAUCCUGCCUGGGCAAUCAAGGGGGUGUUGUAGAUGAACAUCUCUCAGCACCCAGCGCAGAUGAGUCUUAUGUAUUUGAGCUGCAGCACUGUGUUUAAUUUCAUCUUUAUAAAAGACUGCACAAAAAAAGGACCAAAAAACCAUUUGAGGGGAAGAUGAAGAAAUGAAGUAAAAGAAUGUUUUAAGCAAGAUUAUAAAGUUGUUUGAUAGUAAAAAUAAUUUCUUGGUCUUAAUAUAAAAUGGCAUGGUUUGCUGGGUUAUCAUUACAGAUCAGGCUGUAAAAUCAGGCUGAACUUGUGACUCUGGAGUCCCUGCAACAGACUGAAAAUACCAUCGGCUGCAGAUGCCAAAGCAUGCUGGAAAUGAGCACUGUGUGAUAACUGAAAUCUGGUAUGAGAUACAAGUUAUUAGAAAUGUAUAUACGAGACUAUGUGUUGCACCUCACAUAGAGGGAUCUUAAACUAUUUCACAAACACAUAUUUCUCAGAAUUGUUUUACCAGAAGUGUAUUCUUUCUGUAGUUCGUGGUGACACAGCAGUCUUCAUCCAUUGACCUGCAUGCCAUUUUGAUCUCUGUUUUGUCUAAUGAGACAAAACUUACUCUGGAAAGUGAAGGACAUGUGCCCAGCAUUGGCUUGGUUGGUUGUUUUAAUCCGUGAGAGAUAUCCGUGUUCUUCUACUUGUUCUCUUACGGUAUUAAAUCCUUCUCCUGAGAGCCAGCCUUUAGUUGCCUGUAGUGCUUAGAUAGAGCUUGGACAGGGACCAUAAAAGCACUUUGAUAAAUAGGUAGGACCAGAGAAAACAAUGGUGCCUCAGCUCUGCUCUCCCCCUCCCGCACCUGUGCCUGCUCAGAAAGGGACAUGUUGCCUGUCAUGGGAAAGUGCCAGGGAAGGUAAAUAGAGUGAGAAAAUACAGUGAUGCCACCACCUCAGCUAGACCAGGAGCAAUUACUGGAGUGCUGACUUUAUUUCUUACAGCUGUCGAGAGGUUUCUGGUUCUUUGAAGCUGAGGCCAGCAGAGCGAAGGUGUGGGAGGUGAUGUUCAGUGAGGGGGAGACAGAGGAAAAGCAGAAUUUGCACUGGUGGGGAAAACGAGAUGAAGGGAAGGACACAAAUCUUACCUCUGGGCGGUAAAGAGGUGGGUGCACAUUGUAUACUAGUGGGUGCUAUUUUCUGCAGAAGUGGUGAUAUCGACUAGCAGGUGAUCUGGAUUACAGUACUAAAGGCUCAUUACGUUAUUCCUGAUGCUGUUUUCUCUACAAAUAAAUAAUCUUCUGAAUUAGUUUUACUGUAUAAUUUUCAGUGAGUGUAAUGUAAAAAGGCUUCAGUAAACCGGUUCUUUACCCCUUGAAGGAAACUGACAAGUAAAAGCUCAAAAAUUUAAAUUAGUGAUCUAGUUUCAUGUUAUUAGAUUUCCCCUGAUCAAGGCAGCAGUGAAUAUACUGCAUUAAUAAAGCACCAACUGUGUAGAACAAAUAGA